UCAGCAGGGCCAGAUGUUACUGAAUCAGGUGGAGAGGUUGGAUCAACAGGGCCAGAUGUUAAUGAACCAGGUGGAGAGGUUGGAUCUACAGGGCCAGAUGUUAAUGAACCAGGUGGAGAGGUUGGAUCUACAGGAUCAGAUGUUACUGAAUCAGGUGGAGAUGUCGGAUCUACAGGGCCAGAUGUUAAUGAACCAGGUGGAGAGGUUGGAUCAACAGGGCCAGAUGUUACUGAAUCAGGUGGAGAGGUUGGAUCAACAGGGCCAGAUGUUACUGAAUCAGGUGGAGAUGUCGGAUCAGCAGGGCCAGAUGUUAAUGAACCAGGUGGAGAGGUUGGAUCUACAGGGCCAGAUGUUACUGAUUCAGGUGGAGAUGUUGGAUCAACAGGGCCAGAUGUUACUGAAUCAGGUGGAGAGGUUGGAUCUACAGGGCCAGAUGUUACUGAUUCAGGUGGAGAUGUCGGGUCAGCAGGGCCAGAUGUUACUGAAUCAGGUGGAGAGGUUGGAUCUACAGGGCCAGAUGUUACUGAAUCAGGUGGAGAGGUUGGAUCAACAGGGCCAGAUGUUAAUGAACCAGGUGGAGAGGUUGGAUCUACAGGAUCAGAUGUUACUGAAUCAGGUGGAGAGGUUGGAUCUACAGGGCCAGAUGUUAAUGAACCAGGUGGAGAGGUUGGAUCUACAGGGCCAGAUGUUAAUGAACCAGGUGGAGAGGUUGGAUCUACAGGGCCAGAUGUUACUGAACCAGGUGGAGAGGUUGGAUCAGCAGGGCCAGAUGUUACUGAAUCAGGUGGAGAGGUUGGAUCUACAGGGCCAGAUGUUAAUGAACCAGGUGGAGAUGUCGGAUCAGCAGGGCCAGAUGUUACUGAAUCAGGUGGAGAUGUCGGAUCAGCAGGGCCAGAUGUUACUGAAUCAGGUGGAGAGGUUGGAUCUACAGGGCCAGAUGUUAAUGAAUCAGGUGGAGAGGUUGGAUCUACAGGGCCAGAUGUUACUGAAUCAGGUGGAGAGGUUGGAUCAACAGGGCCAGAUGUUACUGAAUCAGGUGGAGAGGUUGGAUCAACAGGGCCAGAUGUUACUGAAUCAGGUGGAGAGGUUGGAUCAACAGGGCCAGAUGUUACUGAUUCAGGUGGAGAUGUCGGAUCAGCAGGGCCAGAUGUUACUGAAUCAGGUGGAGAUGUCGGAUCAGCAGGGCCAGAUGUUACUGAUUCAGGUGGAGAUGUCGGAUCAGCAGGGCCAGAUGUUACUGAAUCAGGUGGAGAUGUCGGAUCAACAGGGCCAGAUGUUACUGAAUCAGGUGGAGAGGUUGGAUCAACAGGGCCAGAUGUUAAUGAACCAGGUGGAGAGGUUGGAUCUACAGGGCCAGAUGUUACUGAAUCAGGUGGAUAGGUUGGAUCAACAGGGCCAGAUGUUACUGAAUCAGGUGGAGAUGUUGGAUCAACAGGGCCAGAUGUUAAUGAACCAGGUGGAGAUGUCGGAUCAGCAGGGCCAGAUGUUACUGAAUCAGGUGGAGAGGUUGGAUCAACAGGGCCAGAUGUUACUGAAUCAGGUGGAGAGGUUGGAUCAACAGGGCCAGAUGUUACUGAAUCAGGUGGAGAGGUUGGAUCUACAUGGCCAGAUGUUACUGUAUCAGGUGGAGAUGUUGGAUCAACUGGGCCAGAUGUUACUGAAUCAGGUGGAGAGGUUGGAUCUACACGGCCAGAUGUUACUGAAUCAGGUGGAGAUGUCGGAUCAGCAGGGCCAGAUGUUACUGAAUCAGGUGGAGAGGUUGGAUCUACAGGGCCAGAUGUUAAUGAACCAGGUGGAGAGGUUGGAUCAACAGGGCCAGAUGUUACUGAACCAGGUGGAGAGGUUGGAUCAACAGGGCCAGAUGUUACUGAACCAGGUGGAGAGGUUGGAUCAACAGGGCCAGAUGUUACUGAACCAGGUGGAGAUGUCGGGUCAGCAGGGCCAGAUGUUACUGAAUCAGGUGGAGAUGUUGGAUCAACUGGGCCAGAUGUUACUGAACCAGGUGGAGAUGUUGGAUCAACUGGGCCAGAUGUUACUGAAUCAGGUGGAGAGGUUGGAUCUACAGGGCCAGAUGUUACUAAAUCAGGUGGAGAGGUUGGAUCUACACGGCCAGAUGUUACUGAAUCAGGUGGAGAUGUCGGAUCAGCAGGGCCAGAUGUUACUGAAUCAGGUGGAGAGGUUGGAUCUACAGGGCCAGAUGUUAAUGAACCAGGUGGAGAGGUUGGAUCAACAGGGCCAGAUGUUACUGAACCAGGUGGAGAGGUUGGAUCAACAGGGCCAGAUGUUACUGAACCAGGUGGAGAUGUCGGGUCAGCAGGGCCAGAUGUUACUGAAUCAGGUGGAGAGGUUGGAUCAACAGGGCCAGAUGUUACUGAAUCAGGUGGAGAGGUUGGAUCAACAGGGCCAGAUGUUACUGAAUCAGGUGGAGAGGUUGGAUCUACACGGCCAGAUGUUACUGAAUCAGGUGGAGAGGUUGGAUCAACAGGGCCAGAUGUUACUGUAUCAGGUGGAGAUGUUGGAUCAACAGGGCCUGUCAUUGUCAUAGUCUGAUCGUGAGUCACACCAGUCUUCUCUGCCACUAU